CUUGUGGAGUGGGUUUGUUUAUGAUUUGGAAAUUUGUUGGGGUUUUUUGUUCUUUUGUAAACAUCUUCAGAGUACACUUGCUGGUGAUACUGUGUAUUCUGAAGCAAGCAGUGUCAUGAGCAUAUGAGAACUUAAUGUAAUGCACUUUUAGGAGUAGAUUGUGCAUGUAAUGUUAUAAAUGUUUGUGCAAAGUUGUUACAGGAGCUUACCUUAAUCUUCUAGAAUAGUUUGAAUUAGCUUGGUAAUAGGCUAUUUUACAUUAAAAUGUGACAUUACUGAGGCAGCAGAGACAGCUCUGAAAUCUGCAAUUCUGUGUAAAUGCAGCAUUACCUGAACUAUUUUGUGUUUUCCUAGUGCUUUCUUAUGGGGCAUAUUCAAACAAUACUGAACAGCAUAUUGGGAGGAUGGCUGGUUGCUGUGGAUGAUGCCAUCAAUGCCAGAUGUACAUGCUGAAAAAGUCAUAUGUCUGUGCUGUGUUCCAGGACAUGGUCAGAACAUUUGAAUCUUCUUGGAAACAUGAAAACAAAGAACUGCUUUUUAAAUAUCUUUCAGAACAAUUGACACAUUCCAGGGAAAAGCAGUUGGGGUUUUUUUCUGCGAAGUUCAGAAGAAUCUGCAUUCUCUGAGAUUUUAAAGAAUUAUAAAAUGAAAACAGUUUAAAAUUUACCUUUCAAAAUGAAUAUUGGGAAGUCCGAUGACAAAGCAAAGAAUGGCUUGAAGUCUUCCUUGCUUAUAAGGGAUGAAAAUGGAAAUAGCUAUGCAUGUGACAGAGGUGCACCUUCCUCAGAGAAUUGUGCCACCAAGAUACAUGGUAAUUCAACUGCCCAAAAUAUAGUGGCUGAGCAUGAAGGUGAUACCAUUUUUGAAAAUAAAGGUGACUUCAGAAGUCUUUUAAAACAGCAGUGUAUUGAAGUACUUGAUCUGCAGAAGACACCUGGUAAAUACAGCUGCACAGGAGCUCCAUUGGGAGAUACAGAUGCUGCAUGCAAUUCUUCUGUGACUGAACAGACUUCUACAUGUCCUUUGAACUGUGGUUUGGAUGUAAUGACAAGCUUAGCAAAAGGUGAUUUUUCUAUGGCAAAAAUGCAAAAUCAGAGUAUCGAACACUCAGUGCCUUACAGUCAGACCGACUCCAAGUCUGUAUUAACUCUUUCUGCUUCAGAGCAGAACAUGCAGUCCCUGAAAAAUGACAGGACAUGCUGCCAGCUGAGCACAUUAGAUGUUACUAAUGUUACAGGUGAGAAUCUGAGAACUGAUUUAAAUGAUGACAUGCAUCUGGGAGAAAUGUUGAUCUCUUCUGAAGUAUGUGUCACAGAGAAAUUUGAUAGAACCAACUCAGAAAGAACACCUAAUUUCACCUCUGCAGGUGUUGAACACGAUCAGAAAAACACUAUCAAGAAUGAUAAUGAAUCACAGGAAACAGAUGCACAGGCUGUAGAACUACCUGCUGGAUGUACAGAUCAUUAUAAGCGAGAUGUAUUAUCACCAUGCAUUAAUAGUAAUGAGGAUGACCAAGUGAAAUCCUUGCAGAUUACUCCUUUCCAGGAUGAAACUGGGAAUUCCAGUGUUGAAGUGUGCAUGGAUAGGGAUGUAAAUAGUGUGCACCUUCUCCCAGAUCAAAUGGAUGGAGAACAAGUAUCAAACAAAACUAGUGAACCUUUAACCAAAGAACAGCGUAUUUCUGGAAAUGCUGCUUUUCAGAAUAUGCACAACAUUCCUUCUGUAUCUUGCAGUGUUUCAAAAUUAAAGAAGACGGUUAUGCCUGAGCUGAAAUGCGAAGCAACUUUUGUGGUCUUCAGUCCAACAGCUGAUGAAAGCAAUUCAUCUCUAUAUACUUCAACUCCUAAAGAACGAUCAAAAAAUAGGACUUUUUCUGUUUCAGCUUUGGAAGAACUUGGAGACAAGUCUUCUAGACUAAGACAAAGUGAAACAUUUAUAGGAGGGCAUAACAGGUCUGGGCUUAAAGCUAAUUCAGAUCAAACUGCAAGAAAACCAAUGGGAAGGCCUCCUAUUGCAUCAACAACCAAAGCAAAGAAAUCAGAGAUAGUUAGUUUUCCCAAACCUAAUUUUAAAAAUGUUAAGCCAAAGGUUGUGUGUAGACCUGUGCCACAGCCAAGAGACAGUGCAGCAUUAAAACAGUCUCCCCAGUCCCAUCAACGAUCAUCUGUCUCCUCACCUUCAAGGGUUGGUUCCCCAAGGCAAUUGUCCUCCUCUGUAAAUGUGCUGAAAAAAACAGUAGAUUCAGCUAAAGAUUCUAAGGUGGACUUGCCUGUAAAUAGGCCCUAUAAGCUACAUGUUAACAAACACCUUUUCACUAGCCAAAUCAGUCAUGCCACAACACAUCCCAGAAACACUUCCCAUAAGGUUUCAAAAACACCUGCAUUAAAGUUAAGUCUGAAAGACACUGACGAAGCAAGUGCUACCCCUCCAGUGUGCUGCUUGGCUUCUGCUGUGCUUCCAGCAUCUGGAGAGAAAUCAAAAGAGAUACUAAAUGAUAAAAUGGAAAGUUCGAACUCCUUAAUGAUGCCUUGUACUCAAAAUACUGACCUGACCAAAGGUGAAAAAGAGCAAUGCAGCAACAUAGGAGUGCUUCUGGAAGCAACAUUGGUAAAAGAUAUGGCAAAUGAAACAUUUGAAGUGCACUCUGUUCCUUUGAUGCCUUCUGUGAAAGAUGGGACAACACAAGGGAAAAACAUACCAAAGAAAGACCAAAUUACACCACGAAGUGUAUUAACUCCCAAGGUUAAAAUGGUGCCAUCUGUGUCAACCUUGAAAAGAGGAUGUGAAAAUAAAACUAUCAGCACUAUUAAAACACCUUCUCACAAAGAAGCUCUUAUGUCAUCAAGCUCUGGUGUAGGAUCUUUGCCAGGAGAGAGGCGUGCCUCAGUGACAAAUUCUUCAGCCUUGACUAGCUUUGGUAAAUCCCUUGCCAAAUCCAAAGUGCCUGUCAAAAGAUCAGUGCUUGAGAGAACACCUAGCCUCUCAUCAGUGAGCAGCGCUCAGAGUGAACAAAGUCUUUUCAGCACUAAUUCUGUAAGUGCCACAGUCAUCAGGAAUGGAGAAUGGCCUUCAAAACCAGCUUGCCAGAAUGGCACUUUGGGGUCUGUCCCUUUGAAAGCACUACCAAGACCUAGAUUGCACUCGUUGAGGUCAACUCCAAAAGGAGCAAAGACCAGGUCUGCUUCACUGAACCAGUGCACACCAAAAUCAUCUGGGCCUCUACACUUAGCAAGAAAAGCCAGUGAGACUAGAGGUACUCCUGGAAGAAAUGUACAGCAAAGUCUGUCAUGUUUCGGUUCUGUUGACAAGGGCAAGCAGCGGAGUAUCAAGAGCUCGUGCAUACGGACUCAAGCUUCCACAGAUGCAUGUUCAACUGGCACUAAAACAGCCGAGUUGAUACAGUACAAAACAAAAUGUGAGACCCAAAGUGGAAUCAUCCUGCAGCUGAAAAAAUUCCUGACGUCCAGUAACCAGAAGUUUGAAGCAUUAACAGUUGUCAUCCAGCACCUGCAGUCUGAGAGGGAGGAAGCACUGAAGCAGCGGAAAGAUUUAUCUCAAGAACUACUUAACCUUCGAGGAGAACUAGUAACCACUUCUGCAGCUUGUGAGAAAUUGGAAAGAGACAGGAAUGAACUGCAAGUUGCUUAUGAAGGGUAUUUGCAGAAGUUAAACCAGAAACAUAAUGAUGACUUAGCUGAGGUGGAGGAGAAGCUUAAACAGUUUUACACUGCAGAAUGUGAGAAACUUCGAAGUAUCUGCAUUGAGGAAGCUGAAAAGUACAAAGCCCAGCUCCAGGAGCAGGUGGACAAUUUAAAUACCACACAUGAAAGCUUUAAGCUGGAACUUGAAAACAGACACUCAGAAAAAGUAGAGGAGCUGAAAAAGGAGUAUGAAUCCUCUUUUUCAGAGCUCAAGAGUACCCAUGCAUCUGAAAGGAAGUCGCUUGAAGAUUCCUUUAAAGAGAAGCAGGAGUUGCUGGAGAAAAAAAUUGAUGAACUAAAAAGUGAAAACAACUCUCUGAGUGAGAAGCUGAAAUUAGAAGAACAAAAACAAAUAGCCAAAGAAAAAGCCAAUCUUAAAAACCCACAGAUUAUGUACCUGGAACAAGAGCUGGAAAGUUUGAAAGCAGUGCUGGAGAUCAAGAAUGAGAAACUCCAUCAGCAGGACAUAAAACUAAUGAAGAUGGAAAAGCUGGUGGAGAACAACACAGUCUUAAUGGAUAAAUUAAAGAAGGUUCAACAAGAAAAUGAAGAAUUAAAAGCUCGGAUGGACAAACACAUGGAGCUUUCAAGGCAACUUUCUACAGAGCAAGCUGUUUUACAGGAGUCGCUAGAAAAAGAAUCAAAAGUAAACAAACGCCUGUCAAUGGAAAAUGAAGAACUUUUGUGGAAGUUGCACAAUGGUGACCUAUGCAGCCCAAGAAAACUGUCUCCCAGUUCUUCAUCUGUGCCUCUUCAGUCCCCACGAAAUUCUGGUAACUUCUCUAGUCCUGCAGUGUCACCGAGAUGACAUCCCUUGAGAGAAAGAGGGGCCUGCAUUUAAUUUCUGAUCUGCGGAACCUUUCCUAACUUUAUCACAAGAGCAAGAGCUAUAUUAGCCGCCUAUGACAUCUAAACAUAACUGGAAACCAUUUGGUGCAAAAACAGUGAUAGGAGACUGUGAAUAUGGGAGUAAGACAUUCACUCCUCCCAAAAAGACUUAUGACCUCUAUGGACAUCGUUGCACAAAGCACUUAUAGAGCAAGAAAAGACUUGUUUGUUGCCUUUUCACCUAACCAUAAGAAGAAGCUCAGGGGCUUAGAGAUAAAGAUCACAACCUUUAUAAUAUGUUCCUUAUCACCGACACUUUUUUAAGGCUGUGUGUGUGUGUGCGCGUGCCGUGGAUGGAAUGGGUGUAACACACUGUGCGUGUGUCUAAUGCUGCCUUCUUUGCUGUGUAUGUAAUAAAGGAUAAAAGCUGAAGACUAUACAUUGACAUGUAUUUCCUUGAUACUGCUCUCAGUAUGCAUGCUUAAUAGAGUACCCUCGCCUGGGAAUGAGGAGAAGCUGCCAGUGGUACCAUAGGAUAGUUUCCUCAUCAUUCUGCUGGCAAAAAUGGCAUGAAGAACUUUGUCAACUGACUCAUUAGUGUCUUGGCCAACCUGAGUAUGCAACUUUGAAUUAAUUUUAAAAUCAAAUUGAAUUGCAGCCAUAUUUUGCAUGGGUUCUUGGUUUCAUGUCCUUGCACAACUCUGCCAUUUAAGAGGAGAACUUUUUUUGCAAUGGAUUUUGGAUUUCAAGUCAAUAGGGUUGUAGUCAGAACCCCUCAAAGUCAGAAGGUCCUAGCCGAGUUGCAAGUUUAGAAGCCUAGACCUAGCAUCUUAACCUGCUAAAAAGGAAGCACUGAUUUCCCCAAAAUAGUACAUCUGUUCCUGAGGAUAAACAAGAUGAAGAUUUGAAAGCCAAAGAUAAAUGCAAUAAUUGUAACUCGCUGCAUUCUUAAUUCAGUUCUCAAGAAGACUAAGUAAUUUGUGAAUUCCAAGGUAGCUGGUGACACACUUUGCCUUUUUAAGCAUUUGUAUUAACUUUCCUCAGGGUUGGCUAAAUUCACCCGAGGAUAAGGUGGUAUUUUAUCUUGCUAAUUCUGUCAUUCUUUCCCUUUUAGACUGCAGGAUAUUGGUGUUUUGACAGUUCAUCAGGUGAAAAAUCCUGUGCAGGAGAUUCUGUAGAGUAGGGGAAAAAGUUGUCCUGGCUGCUGGAACUGGAGGAUGAGGGUGUCAGCAAUUCUGGAAAUACCACAUGCUGAGUUUCGGCUUCAACAGGGUAACUGGAUAGCCUUGCUCCACCCUUGAUCAGACCUGUUUAAGAUGACUGCUCUGUACCUACUAAAACAGGUUCAGCUUCAGAUUAGUCUUAGAAAAUACUACUGAUGCUUAUAGUAGCUUGGCUUCAUGGUAGGGCCAGGAUGUUGUUACACUGCUGGUUAGCUAAUGCUGGUAGCUGGCUGAGUUUCCCUGUCUUUUUCAGUAGCUUGGGGACAGGAAUCAAGGGCAUGGGAAAGCAUUUAGGGAACUCAACUGGAGAGCCACUUCAAAGUAUUUUACCUAAGACUUCCAAAAUCUUGGCUAGUAAUGAGGAACACAGACAUAGAAACACUUAACAGUGCUCAUACAGUAAGUAAAUUUGUAAUAUAUUUAAACUUGUGAUUGACUGUUUCAUCAUUAAAUUUACUUAAACCUCUCAUAAUGUACGAGUUAAGGGUGCCGUUUCUAUGGAACAUUAUGCUUUCUUUUAACCCUUUUUAGGGCACUGUACAUACCACUUAUUAGUGGUGUCAGUACUUAAAAUGUUUACUAGGAAGUUCAAAUUUAACUAUGAAAAUCUUAUGUUGGCUACAACUUGGCUUUAAGUACAUCUCAGAACAUUCUUACUUCCUAUGGUCAAAGAUAUUUGAUUGCAUGUAUUUGAGCUGAAUACUUUACAAUAAAUAUUUUGUACCAACUGAAGGAUUUUUCUUCUGCUUGUAUUAGUCAAAGGAUCUUUAAUCUAAGGAGGAACAUUUUUCCAGUUACUAAAAACUCUUGGUAUCUGAUCAGCACAGCAAAACAGCAAUGGUGAAGCUUCACAGAACAAAUUAUUAGUGUUCAGCUACUCCUUAGAAAAUUUUCCCCUUGUUACUCCACUUGUAGGUAGAAGGUAGAUGGAGCUUGCUUGUGAUUCUUCAGAACAUUCUGCCUGUGAGAAAAGCGCCAGUUAGAGGUUAGCAGUGUAAAAGGUCCUGUCACAAGCCACUUACUUACCUAGCCACCAGUAAGAACAUUAUUACUUUAGUUGCAGUGUAAUGCCUCAAACCAUGCAAGCAGAGUGCACACAAAUGGUUAAAGGUAAAAUAUGGCACAGCCCUUCCUGUAGAGCAAAAGCAGAGAAAGCUUUUCCAGGCUACUGUACAAAAAAGUAAGUAGACCAUUAAUAAUUUGUUGAUAAUUUGCGUCCACAGAACAGGUGACUCUUCAUCUUGCAAGUAGACUCUUAAUGCUUUUAUGAAGAAAUGAAGACUGCUUGUAUAUAGAAAUCAGAUUUCAGAAAUACCUGUUUAGUGUUUGUCCUGUUGGUCUCAAUGAAUUAAAUAAUUCUGCUGAUCUGUAAUUACUGUUUUAAUGUUUUUCUCUGAGUAUUAGUAUUUCAAGCUUUAACCUAAGUACCAUAUGUUAGUAAAGACCUUGUUCAAACCAGUAACUUUUACAUAUUUGGGUUUUUUUCUUUAGUAUAAGGUUUCCUUCAGGGAAAGCUAGAAACCUUCUCAUCAUCAUAAGCCAAAGGUCAAGCAAUUGAACAAGUGAUUGUCUUCAGAUAUUCAACUUUAUUGUCAGUUCCAACUCUAAUGAUAAGUUUCAGAGGAUGCUACAGUGACAUUUAAUAGCUGUACCGUAUAGCUGGUUGCCAUUCAGACUAUUCAUAGUAUGGCUCACCUUCAAUGCUUUUCUGUAAAGGUUGUUGUAUGAGUUGCACUGUAUUUUUUAUAAAAUUUGAGGUGAAUCAUUUCCUUGAGCUAACUAAAGACUUGAUGUUUCUCAUGAUGUUUCUCAUUACUAACACCAAAGACACUUCCAUGUAAGCUGGUAUCAUGCAAUUCAUGCAUGAAAUUCCUUCUAGACAGUAACCAACCACUGAUCUUGUCCAACAGCCAGGAAAUUAUUCAGGGCUGAGCUGCAGCUAAAAAGGUCAUCAUAAAGUUGGGAUAACCACUGAACCCUGAGGAAAAAAAUACCUUCUGACCACUGCUGCUGCCUUGCCUUAGAAGAAGAGCAGUGACACAGGUAUGGAAAUGGAAAUAACAGCACUGGCAGCUUUAGGCAUGUAACUUUGACAAGUCACUUAAAUUUCAUUUCCCGGGCUUCAUUCUCUUACCCUACCACUGUUCAUUUAGGUGGAAAUGUGCAAUUAACUGCAUCAGUGUAGCAUCAGCUCUUCCCAAGUGGCUUUUGCUAAAAUAAAAACUGUGUAAAAUACACAGUAAAAGAAUUCUCAUAAUUUUCAAUUACAAGAAUUAUUUUGAUGCUUGGUGGGAGGACAAGGACAGAAAGGAUGGACAGGAUGUGACACCCACUAAAACUCUCCCUCAGAGGCACUGCUUCUCUAUCAGUCUUGAGACCUGCAAGUGAUGGUUAUGCAUAACCAUUACACCCCAGGGGAAUACUCAAGCAAUGAAUUUAGACCAUCUUUUCCUCUCCUGCCACACUGUCAUCAAGGAAGUGAUGCCUCCACUGUGCUGUUGAACAAGGGUGGGUAGGUGACAUGAUCUCCCACUUCCCAGAUACUUUGAGAAGGAAAUCAAUUGUUGAAUUACAGGCUCAAAUGCACUUUGAAAUUCAAAAAGCUGGCACAACUCCUUUAGUUCAAAGAGAAAGACAUUGUUCUGAGGAAUGAAAAUACUUAAAAGGAAUUAUCACAUUGCACAGCCUCAUCUAGAAGCUCAAGGAUUGUUAAAGCAAAUUUGGUACAAAUAAAAAAAACACAUGAUACAAGGACAAUUUUCCCUAAAAAAAUGGUCCAAAGACCAGACCUUUUUUUAGGUAUUACUAUGAAAUUGUAUAAUCUACUUAGUGCUUUGGAUGACAGUGUAAUGUUCUUGAUACAUUUUAACAAAUUAACCUUGCCUCUUACACCUUCAAAGUUAGUUCUACUGCAUAGUGUUUUAAAUUUUUUUUUAGGUUUCUUAUUUUCAGAGGCCAGAGAUGAAAAAAGUUCCUGGGGGAUGUUCUCCAUGUAGCCUAUUACAUGAGACCUGCAUGGAACCAUUUCAGUCUUUACCAUGGGUAUUUCUCUUAUCAGUUGAAUUGGUUUAGGUUCCUCCAUGCUGAAGAAAAAGCAAUCAGCAAGCUUGUUUAAUGUUUCCAUUAGCUACACUACUGAUCAGAUCAUUGACUUCAUUGGGAAGCUGCCAUUUUUACAUUAGCACUUAGAGCUGUCACUAUUCAAAACAGUGCUGUACACAUCUGCUCAAAGGUCUGAAUUAGCUGGAGCACAGGGCUAACUCAGGCCUUCAGCAGAAGGAAGUUUAGGAAUUCCAGUCAAAUGCAGGCUGAAACAGAGGGAAGUGUGUGACCAAGGGACCAGUUCCUGAUUUGCUUCCUUGUGUGUUCAGAAUAAGCUGGUUUUCACCUGCCUUGUAAAUAAAAUGGCUUGCAUGACUUUUUUUUUUGUCAUUUCACUACUAAGGAGUAGAUUUGUAUUUAAAGUUCUAGCUUACAUAAAGUUGGUGCUUGAGACUAAGAAAAGAAACCAAAACAUUGCCAAAAUGUCCAACAAUGUUGUUAUCAAGUUCUUACCUUCUCCUCUGACAAGUUCUUUGUACUUGCAACUGAACCCAGGGUGAGAGAAGCAGUGUCUUAUUUAUUCAGGUAUAGUUCCGUGUAAAUAAAAAGUUUCCUUUUCUCCGUGUAAAUUAAUACAAUGAAGUUGAACUUGUUAUUAACCUGAGAAGAAAUUCUGCUGUAAAACUGAACAUUAUUCUCAUGUUUGCUUUUUUCUUUUUUGUUCUGUAAAUGUUAAUAUAUAAAUAAAUGUUAAGUUUUGCCUUUAGCAACCACAA